UUGAAUAACAAACGCGACUAUCGAGAAAAUCGCUAUUAACACAUUGACAUAUCAUGUCACAUUCAUUAAUUUCUAUUCUCGGAUAAUUCAUAUGAGUUUUUAGAGGAAAUAGUAAUAAACAUAAUUACUCCAAUGUUAAUUUGAACAAAAUAGAGGCGCAUUGGUAUUUCUUUGUCGUAUACGCUAAAAAUGAUGAACGGUUUAAACGAGUUAAAGAUGACGAGAUUUCUUCUCAAACAAAGGUAAAGAAAAACAGAAGUCAAAGAGCAGUUUUUGUUUGGCUAUCGCUUGUGAUUCCAGCAAAAGAAAUUACGUUAUGUGGUCACCAUAAAAAGAAAUACCAUGUCAUAGUAUUCAGUUAGAAGCAAAUUGUAGACAGCUUAGAAUGUUUCAAAAGCACACUACAAGAGAGGCAAAAACAAUUUGAUUGAGAUUUUUUAUAUUGUUCUGCUAAAAUAAAUUGGAAGAAGAAUUGAAAAAAAUUGAUGUUGUACACUGUCAAUGUUCGAAGAUAGGAAAAAACUAGAAUACAUCAGUCGAGUGAUCUGGAUGGAGCAAAUCAGACCAUAUUCUUCAUUCAUAAGCGUACGCAUGAAAGAAACCACGAGAACAUCACAUUGAAGUAUAGUUUAUGCCAUUUCGAAAAACCCGCUGUCUAUAUGGAUAUUAUCACAGUAACGGCGUGUAUCAAUCAGCGCAGUUAUAGGCGCAUAUGCCGUUAGUGAUGGAGUACGGUGGGUAAUUGAAAAUUAUCAAUAACCAGUUGGGAGUGACGACAACCAUUUGAUUUUGAAAACAUAAUUCUAUCUAUCAAAUCAGUUUCUAUUUGUACAAGAGUAUAUUAUACUCGUAUGUGUGCGACAGAGCUAAACGCGCUUCGCUGCUAUGUUGACAAAAUGUACGUAUCUUCGUAGUAAAAAAGCAGAAAACGCUUCUCAAUCUGGCUACUUCCAGACUAACGUAAUAUGUUGAAUUUCAUGCUUAAAUAAAAAGUGGCUUAGAAAUGUCUUACGGCAAAAGCACUAAUCCACGUUCCAGCUUUGCAUCCAGUUCCCGCAGCGAAGUCUUCUUGAAUCAACUUGAACCUUUUAAACCAUAUAAGCUACAAAUACUAGGAAAUUCAACGCUUUAUCAACUAUCCAUACGAUUGGAUCAUGAUGAUGUCCAUUAUACAGGAAAAAAUUGGGAAGCGAUGGCAGAAUUUUUGUCGUUUAACAACUGGGAGAUUCUGCAAUUCAAGAGAGAAAAACUCCGCACAGCUGCAAUUGUACGAGCUUGGUCGGUGAGAGAUUUACCAACAAUUGGUGACAUCAUAACACUAAUACAUUACCAAAUGGGAAGACACGAUAUUUUCACUGAUCAGAAUGUCAUCGAUUGCAUUGUCCGCGAUGCCAAUCGUGCAAUGGCCAACGGAUCCAAUGGAUACAGUGGCGCAGCGGUCGAUGGCAGAAACUCAACCGGACCAUCAAACACUUGUAUACCCGAGUCGUUUCCUGAAGUCCAACUAUCGAACUCAGCUUCGACGAAUUUCGGUUCCUUUCGCACUGACGAUAUGUAUGGAUCAAACCAGGUCCAAGAUGCAAGAGUUAGCCAGAGCCAUGAAUGGCUUCAUGAAAAUCACGCUUGUUUGGACGUUUACAUUGUCAACGACGUAUGGGACUCUCAGUUUGUUAUAGACGAUUUAAUACCAAGACUGUCACAAGUCAAUAUUACCCAUGGUUUACCCGAAGAUAUUCCUUCAGUCGAAAUUGGUAUUUCUAACCAGUUAACGGCCAUGUUAUCGAGAUGCCGGAAGAUUAUUGUUGUUCUAUCGGACCAAGAUACAUCAAAUUUUCUUCUGACUCAAAUAAACGGUAAAUCUUCAUUUUCCUCAUAA